AUGGCGGAAAUCACAGAACCUCUGCUUCCUGCAACAGAAGCCCCAGAAACGUCUAAACCGCAAGAGCCAGCAUUAGAUUUCGAUCCCAAAACCAUGCGCAAAACGAAACCAGGAGUCAAGCGUCUGAUCCUAACUGUUUCAGUCCUCUUCUCCUUCGUUCUAGGUGUCCCAUUCAUAUACAAAUCCGUGGAAAUCUACCGCGCGCCAUUGCCGUUUCGAGAAAUCGAAUCCCUCUCAGCUCAAAUCGAUUCCAAACCAUUCCAAUUCCCAUGUCGUUUACAAGCAAUCUUCAUUGGCUUCGACUGGAAAUCCUCCGUUGCCACUCUAGAAUCUUCCAUCCUCAGCCAAAUGACCAAAUUGACCUCCCAAACUCCUCAAUGCGGCACCUGUAGCCCCAACCACACCGUCUCAGUAGUCCUAAACUCAAAUUCCCACUGUCUCCAAUCCCGAACCGCUUCCUGUUCGCCGGAAUGUGGCGCCAUCCGCUCCGUUGAGUUGGACGGCGACGAUGAGGCCGUAGAUGAGGCUCUGGAGUCUGUGCUGGGAGGUUGUUCGGGUUCCAACUCGGGUUCAGGUGGGGAGGUGUAUAGUGUGGUGGUGGUGAAUAGGGGCGAGGAGGUGAGAGCCGUAGUGGGCAAGUACAGGCACGCUUGGAUUGUUGGUAGGGUUUCGGAGGCCGAGGCGGUUUCGAGGGCGGCAGAGAUAUUUGUUAAAGUGUUUGUGAAUGGCGGGAAGGAGGAAGGUUUGAUUCAUGGAGAGUUUAUGCCUGUCGGGGCAGAUGGAACGGUUGUUCUUUCGUUUAAUCUGCUGAAUGCAGACCCACGUGAUUGGGUUUAUGAUUGGGACUUUCAAUCAGUAGAUGAGACUCUGUUGGCCCCUAUUAUCGAGGCUAUGAAACCCGUAGCAAACAUAAGCGUGGAAAGUCAGGUGUUGUACCAUAUGCCGAAGUCCUCAUUGUCUUACUGGGAUGACAAGUGGGACAGUUACAUCUUUAGUACCAAGGAUCUACCUUUCUUUGUGAAUUCAAAUGAGUGGCACUUGGAUACAUCCAUCGCAGCUGGUGGGAGGUCAAAGAUGUUGCACUUUGUGAUAUAUAUCCCGUCUGCUAAGGAGUGCCCUCUUCUCCUACAGCUUCCAGAUGGAGAAAUUUCUAAGACAAAUAGCUUUAUAUCUCCAAUGUGGGGAGGUGUUAUUGUUUGGAAUCCCCAAACCUGUCGGAAGGAUUCAGAAAGUAAGCAUCCUUCUAGACAUACAAUUUCGCAUCAGGAUCUUCAGAAGGUUUUUGAAGUUUUCAUGGGGCAGUUCCGGCAACUUUUUGGUUUUAAAUCUGAUAACCUAUAUGUUGGGGCUUCAGGCACAUCCAGCCUUUUAGCUAGUGAAAGGGGCUUCACGGUAUGGGAAUUGGAUGUCUUAUCGCGGAUGCAUACGUGUUUUAAUCUUCAUUCAUGUGCUACAACCCUUGGAUCUCUUUCCAGAUUGGUUCAAUCAUUGCCGAGGAUGAUUAUCAUGGACGAGAUUGGGAAGCAGGUAAAGUAUUCUCUGGAGGCAGCAAAGUUGGCUCAAACUAAUGCCUCACUUGGUGUUUAUAAUGCUUCAGCUGUGUCCUCUAGACAAGCAAGAUCUCUAGCAGAGGAUGCAUUUUUUCAUCCAUCAAUCAUGUCGGUCAGCUACUAUUCGUUCGAGCACUGUUUUGCCGUCUAUUCGCCUUUCUUUCUGCCAGUUUCGAUACAUGUCCUCCUAGCAGCUGUAAGAGAAUGGAGAAGGCACAAGCAAGAAAAUAAGAAGAGUGGAAGUGGAAGUGGAACGCUGAGUGAGCUCUUGGUUCUUGCUGAGAAGCUGUUAGUUUUCGCGGAGCAGCUCCUGGUGCUUGAGGCGCAGCUCCUGGUUCUCCUGGACAAGCUUUUUGACCUUCUCAAACGCCUUUUAGGCGUUCUGCUUCGUCUCAUUCAGCAUCUCCCGGUCCUUUUGGGUAAACCCCUGAAAUUAGUGGCCUGGGGAGGGUGGGCGGUUGGAGAACAGCUUCCCCAAACCCCUCUUCAUUGCUUGAAGCACCAUUUUUUUGCAGUUUCUGGAGAGGAUGAGGAAGAGGAAGGGAGCGGCUGCAGAGAACCUGAGAGAUGGAGCAAGAGACAAUUAGCCCUCUACCAAGGCAAGGGGAGCCCUAGAGCAGCUAUUAUUCACGUGAAUAGUAGCUGCCCUAGUCCCCCCAGCAAAACAUGCAAGAGGUUUUGGAGAAGCAAGAGCGAGAAACUAGAGAAAGAAUGCGUAGACGAUCUGCAAGCAAAAGGGUGUAGAGAGAACUAG